AUGGAACCUGACUGGAAAGCAAUUAGUAAAAACAUUUCCAAAUAUAUAGAUAAUGAAACAUUCUUAUCUGCAAGGAAACCAAUAGAGAUUUGCAGCAUACUUGAUAAUGCAAAACUAAGCCCAAAUGAAUUCACAAUUUUAUUCACAAACUUAUCAAAAUAUCAUGGCAAAUCAGAUAUGCUAAUGAUGCUUGGUCGUGCCCGUACAUCAGAAUUGGCAACACAAGAAGAAGUUGAUAAAAUCUCUCGAACUAUUUCAUCAGUUCUAGGAGUUAGCCUUCUGGAUAAAGUUUUUACAUUUUCUCAAAAUAAUGCUCAGUCAAAAAAUUCAAAUUCUCAAAACUCAAUUAAAGAAGAAUUUUCCAAUAUUACUGUAACCAUGGCACAUCAGAAAUGUUACGUGUUUGAAAAAAUUAGUUUGAAUACUACAAUUGAGAAUUUUAAAUUAAAAAUCCAGAAUAUUUUGGGUAUUCCAGUAAAUAAUCAAUUGUUAUAUGCUUGCAAUGCACCAAUAUCAAGUAGUGGCACUUUAAAGCAAUAUGGUGAGUAUGCAUCCUUUCAUCUUCUUGAUGGAGUAGCGAUUUCAUAUGGUGGUUAUACUUACCCUAUUGAUAUUGAUAAUUAUGAUAUAACAGUUGAGGAAUUAAAACAUAUGUUUAAAGAAGAAGUAGGAUGGCAAGUGAUCUAUCAAGCAAUCUUUUAUAAUGGAAUCACUCUCCAAAAUAAUCGAACGUUAAGAUAUUACAAAAUUCAAAGAGGUUCAACAAUUGAAGCUAGUAUUCAUUAUAAUAUCUCUGCCAUUAAUAGACCUCCUUACACACAAAUUUUUUAA